CUUUAUUACAUUUAUUUGGCAUAAGGUGAACUGAAAGGAAUGAGUCAAGUAGAAUUAGUAGUGGUUACUUUUAUAGGAUUUUUAUUAAUGAUUUCAGGAUCAUCUUUCGUUACUGAAUCAGAUCUAACGCAUUUCUUUUACAACCAAGCUAACCCUUCCGAAGGUAUUCGAACUGAUAUCUCCAACUCUUCUGAUGUGGUUCGAGCUGGCUUUUCACCACAAAAGGAUACUUUUUUCUACGUUCAUGGAUGGAAUGACUACUACACCUCGAACAAAACCGUCCAAAAAGUUGUGAGAGCUGUGUUAAAAAUCCACGAUGUUAACUUGUUUGUAUUGGAUUGGUCACUGGCAUCGAAUAACUCAUUUUAUUUCGGUUCUAUUCUACAGAUGAAAAGGGUGGGUCACUUUUUGGGAGAUCUGAUGGAGAAAUUUGCUAAAACUGGUGGCCUUGAUCUUAAUAGAACUACACUAUGCGGGCAUUCAUUGGGUGGUCAUGUGGCUGGGAUUGCUGGUACUCAUUUAGGAGGAAGACUUUACCAAGUAGUGGGUUUGGAUCCAACGUCAAUCCUGUUGACUGCCUUUCAAUCAUUUAAUCCAAUAUCCAAAUCUAGCGGUCAGUUUGUACAGAUUAUUCAUACGAAUGCACUUUUUUAUGGGAACUUUGUAGCAACUGGCCAUGCCGAUUAUUAUAUCAAUGGUGGAUGGGUGCAGAUACCAGAAUGUGGUCUUAAUGACGUUGAAGCAUGUUCACAUUUAAUCUCCAUCGACUAUUACGCUGAGUCAUUGGUAACGGGAAAUUUUAUCGCAAACAAAUGCGGCGUUAAUUUGUUGAUCUUUCAUGGAUUUUGCCAUAAGGCUUCUUAUAUGGGGGAAUAUCAAUUGGACAGAAAGGCGAGAGGUUCCUACUAUUUGGAUACUAAUGCAAAACCACCAUAUGCAAAGGGAUAAAAACGAGUGCCUCUAUUCAGAAAAAAUAUGUCUAAUAGUAAACACACAGUAGAUUUUUAUUUAUUUUUUUUUUUGUAUUUUUGUAACUAAAUAAAUUAAAUCUCAGACCAU